CGCCUCUCUGACGUUACACACGGAAGGAAGGGAUUUACCGUCUUCGGUCGGCUGCUCAUCCUUCAGCUCCAUGUUCACCUGAGGCGAAAAGAUCCUCGGUGCGAAGGCUCCAGAAGUCCUGCGUUGACGAUGGCCGCUCAGUGACCCCUCCGACGCUCCGAUGGAGGCUCCGGUCACCGCCGCUUCCCCUCCUCCAAACUCCUCCUCGACGCCGCUGCGUCCGGCUGUGGCCCCGUCCAUCCAGCUGGGCUUCACCGCCCUCUACACCGCCCUGUACGGCGGCCUGUUCCUGGUGGUGUACGUGCAGCUGUGGCUGCUGUUCGUCUACAAGCACAAGCGCUGGAGCUACCAGAGCCUGUUCCUGUUUCUGUGCCUGCUCUGGGCCGGCCUGCGCACCACACUCUUCUCCUUCUACUUCCACAACACGGCCCAGGCCAACCACCUGCCCGCCGCCGCCUUCUGGCUGCUCUACUGCUCCCCCGUGUGUCUGCAGUUCUUCACCUUCAGCCUCAUCAACCUCUACUUCACCCAGGUUUUCCUGAAGAUCAGCGCAGCCUCAGACACAAAGCUAUGGGUGGCCCGGUGCGCCUACGCAGCCAUCAGUGUGAUCUUCCUUUGCAUCAACGUGACGUGCGCCGCUCUGGGGGAGCGAGGCAGCAGCGGAGAGAAGGGCAAGCGCACCUGGAAGCUGGUGUUGGUCAGAGUGAUCGUCAACGACCUGCUGUUCAUCAUGGAGGCCGUGCUGCUGGCCGCCACGCUGCUGCUGCUCACCAGGCAGCCGCGCUCCUUCAGCCCAUACCUCAUGAGCAAGGGAACCACGGUGUGCCGCACUGCGGUUCUGGGAGCCGCGGUCAUCUUACUGUUCUUCAGCCGGGCCUGCUACAACCUGACCGUCCUCUUCCUCUCCCAGAGCUACAAGGUGGAGUCCUUCGACUACGACUGGUACAACGUCUCGGACCAGGCUGACCUACAGAGUGAACUCGGAGACAGAGGCUACCUGGCGUUCGGUGCCAUCCUCUUCAUCUGGGAGCUGCUCCCUACCAGCCUCCUCAUCCUCUUCUUCAGAGUCCGCCGGCCCACUCAGGAGACCAGCAGCUUGGACAUCAACAACAGGGUUCUUCCUCGUCCGUACUUCUUCGAUGACCCGGAAGGCAGCGAUGAUGAAAUACCGGCUCCGUGGGCUCGCGGCCCCGCUCAGAACCAAAGCUGGUACGGAUCGGAGACUGCGCCCCUCCUGUUUGCCAACAACCCUGCAGACCAGAGCCACCAGCACCACUCGUUCUACUCCACCCCUCAGAACUGAAACCAAACCCUCAUUCGCUGUCGAAUUUUUACCUCACCUAGACAAUGACCUCAGGGGGACGAGAACCGCGUGUGCAGCUGCCGCCCAGCAGUACCGCCCACUCUGUGGUUGAAAUUGCACUGAAAAACCUCAGGAAAGCUAAAAAGAUGCACCUUGUAUUAUUAUUAUUAUUUAGAUAUAUUGACGCUUUCUCAGCUUAAAGGGAACAUUUUUGGUGGGAGAGGACCUGGUGAACUUCGUGAGGGUCAAACAUUGUUUAUUUAUUUGCUUACUCACUGUGAAUACAGGAGCUAAACUGACACUUCGUAUUACAUUCCUGGAUGGACUCAAACCAUCUUAGUUGGUAACUACUAAGCAUGGAGAGCUGCUUAGAAAAGUGGCAUUUAUUAAAUACGAUGUGGUGCAUCUGAAACUGAUUACAAUACAAAGGAUAUGAUAUUUACUACUGUCUGAAGAAGUUUUAUUGUUGCUGACCUUCAUGUUUCUUAUUUCCAUCCUUGGCGUUGCUGCAGAUACUUGGGUGUAGUUUGUUUCUGGGGCAAUAACUCGUGUUUGUUUAGGGUUGGGUUUUUUUUUUACUCCUGUCUGAGUUCAUGUGUUUGAUUGGAUGUUUUAAUUUAUUUAUCUUUCACAACAUUUUUUUUUAUUAAUAUCUCAUCUGAAAAGAACCUUUGCAACAAUGCUGCCCGGACUGACACCGGUUACAUCUGCAACAACCCAAUAAACACUUUGACAUAAA